AUGUAUUAUUCUAGUGGAAAUUAUGAAGCUUUUGCUCGCCCACGCAAGCCGAAAGAUGUUGACCAAAAGACCGCCUGGUUCGUCGGUUCCGGUCUUGCGUCGAUGGCCGGCGCAGCCUUCCUUUUACGAGAUGCCCAAAUGCCUGGGGAAAACAUCACUAUCCUCGAAGAACUCGAGGUGCCUGGAGGGGCACUUGACGGUCUGAAGGUGCCCGAAAAAGGCUUCAUCAUUCGUGGGGGCCGAGAGAUGGAGGACCACUUUGAAUGUCUUUGGGACCUCUUCCGCUCCAUCCCCUCCUUGGAAAUCGAGGGCGCCUCGGUGCUGGACGAGUUCUACUGGCUGAAUAAAGAUGACCCCAAUUUCUCUUUGCAGCGUGCCACUGUUCGAAGAGGCCAAGACGCCCAUACCGACGGCCUGUUCGGCUUGAGUCACCAGGCACAAAAAGACAUCACCAAAGUGUUUCUUGCAACCCGCAAAGAAAUGGAGGGAAAGCGCAUCAACGAAGUCUUUGGCAAAGAUUUCCUAGAGAGCAACUUCUGGCUCUAUUGGCGAACUAUGUUUGCAUUCCAGGAAUGGCAUUCCGCACUGGAGAUGAAGCUUUAUCUCCACCGCUUUAUCCAUCAUAUCGGAGGUCUUCCUGAUUUGAGUUGCCUCAAAUUCACCAAGUAUAAUCAAUAUGAGUCGCUGGUCCUACCUCUGCAUAAGUGGUUGUUAGAGCACGGUGUCAAUUUCUCUUAUUCCACCAAGGUUCUAGAUGUCGACUUCUCACUGGACGAUGAUAAGAAGCAAGCGACGCGAAUCCACUGGAUCAAGGGUGGGAAAGUGGGAGGUGUCAAUCUCAGUCCUGAUGACAUGGUGUUCAUGACGAUAGGAUCUCUGACCGAGAACUCGGACGCCGGCGACCAUCACACAGCGGCCAAACUGGAUGAAGGUCCGGCGCCAGCUUGGGACUUGUGGAGGCGUAUAGCCGCAAAGGACUGUUCCUUCGGCAGACCCGACGUGUUUGGAGCGCAUAUCUCUGAGUCGAAGUGGCAAUCCGCCACCAUCACGACUUUGGACAAACACAUUCCUGAUUAUAUCUCGAACGUCUGCAAACGUGACCCCUUCAGUGGCAAAGUCGUCACCGGCGGCGUUGUGACAGUCAAGGACUCGAAAUGGCUUUUGAGCUGGACUGUCAAUCGGCAGCCUCAUUUCAAGAACCAGCCACGCGACCAGAUUGUGGUAUGGCUCUAUUCUCUCUUCGUCGAUGUGCCGGGAGACUUCGUCAAUAAAGCCAUGCAAGACUGUACCGGAGAAGAGAUCACCCAAGAGUGGUUAUAUCACCUUGGUGUACCGAUCGAAAAAAUCCCCCAAUUAGCUGCCGACAGCGCUCGUUGUGUACCGGUUAUGAUGCCUUAUGUGACCUCAUUCUUCAUGCCUCGGCAAGCUGGCGAUCGGCCACCAGUUGUACCACAGGAUGCCGUCAACUUUGCGUUCAUCGGCCAAUUCGCCGAAUCGGGGCGCGACUGUAUCUUCACCACAGAAUAUUCUGUACGUACCUCAAUGGAGGCAGUCUACCAGCUCCUUCAAGUUGACCGUGGCGUCCCCGAAGUGUUCCACUCUACGUACGAUGUUCGUAAACUGCUCGCUGCCAUUAGUCGACUUCGCGACGGGAGAGAGCUUGACGCAAGUCUCCCGGGAUUUCUGCGUCAAUGGAUAUUGGAAAAGUGCGAGGAGAACGAAGUGGGUCAACUCCUGUAUACCAAUAAUCUAGUCUAG